AUGACGGUUGAAACCAUCUUGCUGAGCACGGGAAAUUCGGCUCCCAAUAGUGGUUGCACCAAAUCUUUCAACAUGAUGUCCCCAACGGCUGACAAUUCGGAGCUGCUGGCCGAAAUCAAAGCCGGGAAGAGUUUGAAGCCAACCCCCCAAAGUAAGGGAUUCACCACCAUCUUCUCCGGCUGUGGCCAAGUGGGCGCCAGCGUUGAGUUCCCUGCAGCUUCCGCGUCCCCCGCGGGAACACCAACGCCCCCCUCGACUCCCGAGGAAGCCUCCGGAUUCAGGGCUUCCAGCUCGCCCAAGUUGGAGAUCAACGGUUCCAUGACCAGCCACUUUGGGGCCCCAAGUGUCCACGUGGACCUGGAGGGCCUGAUCCCCACCCAUGACGAGCAGGGGAGAGCCAUCCCGGAGUGGAAACGCCAAGUGAUGCUACGCAAGCUCCAGAUGAAAAUUCAGGAAGAGGAAGAGCAGAGACGCAAGGAAAGGGAAGACGAGGCACGCCUGGCUGGCAUGCCGGCUUGGAGAAGGGAUGUUUUCCGGAAAAAGAUGGAAGAGGAGAGGCUACAAAAACGACGGGAGGAGGAAAAACUGCGACAGAUCGAGCAAGAGAAGGAGAAGGAACAAGCGGAAAAGCUAAAGACUCUCGGCUUUGACGAGAACAAACUGACCCCGUGGCAAAGGCAGAUUAUCCUCAGAAAAGGAGACAUGGCGAAAUAUUAA